AUGGAAAUAGAAACAGUUGAAGUUGCACCUUAAUAGGAAGAAGAAUUUAAGUUAGAUUAUGAUUUAUUAGAGGAAUAUUACAGAAGUUAUUUCCCUGUAAGUUAAAUGGUUUAAUGGCUUUCUUAUCCUCAAGAUGGCGAUGACACAUACUUCACUAGAAGAGAAUUUUCAUUCACUUUGUAAAAUGAAGUGUAUCUAAGAUAUUAAAUGUAUAACAGUGAAAGAGAAUUUAAAAACGCUUUGCUAUAAAAAGUUCCUGAAAAAAUUGAUAUUGGAGCUGUCUAUGAUAGACCUGGAAAAAAAGGAGACGAUAUUAAAGCAAAAGAGAAGGAAUUCGUUAUUGAUAUUGAUAUGACAGAUUACGAUCAUAUUAGAACUUGUUGCUCAAAAGCAAAAAUUUGUGAAAAAUGCUGGAAAUUUAUGAGAGUAGCUUGUGAUUUAAUUUCUAAAAGCUUAGAUGAAGAUUUUGGUUUUUAACAUGUUUUAUGGGUCUACUCUGGUAGAAGAGGUAUUCAUGCUUGGGUAUGUGAUAAAGAAAUAAGAAAGGCAAACGAUUAUACUAGAGCAUCUAUAAUAGAUUAUUUGAAUAUUUUAGUUGAUAAUUCAAUUGGCUCUUCCUAUGUAAAGCCAUCCCUAUUAAAAAUGGAAAAAAGUCAUCUCAUCGAAAGGAAUGCAAUGAAAUAAUUGAACUAAAAAAAUGAUGAUUUAAAAGCUGAAAAAGAAAGUGAAAAAGUAUUUGUAGAAAUAGUUUUAAGAGAGCAAAAUUUAUUUAUGAAAAAACCAGAAAUCAUAUUAGAAUUUUUGGCAAAAAGAAGUGAAAAUCUCUCUAAAGAAGUUGAAAAAGAAUGGAAAACAUUGAAAACAUCCGAAUAAAGAUAUGAAGCUUUAAAGGAAUUAGUUAGCAGCGAAGACAAGAAAAAGACUCACUACCUCCUUGAAGAACUUAGAAUUUGGCUUCUUUAUCCUCGUUUGGACGUCAAUGUCUCAAAAUCAACUAAUCACUUGUUAAAAUCUCCCUUCUGUAUCCAUCCAAAAACAGGAAACGUAUGUGUUCCUUUUACAACUGAAGAAAUUAGCACUUUUGAUCCUUUUUCAGUGCCUAACAUUUCAACUUUAACUACUGAAGAAGGAAGCAGUAAAAUGAAAAACUCACUCAAAAUAUUCAAUAAAUUUUUAGAAAAUUUGAAAAAAGAUGUUUGA